GGGAGUGACGGUAUCCGGUUGACAAUGGAGAGUGCUCUGACAGCCCGUGACCGUGUGGGGGUUCAGGAUUUCGUCCUGCUAGAGAACUUUACUAGCGAAGCAGCCUUUAUUGAAAACCUACGUAAACGAUUCAAGGAGAAUCUGAUCUAUACUUACAUUGGCUCAGUUCUGGUAUCAGUAAAUCCAUACAAGGAUCUGGAAAUCUACAGCAAACAACACAUGGAGCGAUACCGUGGCGUCAGUUUCUAUGAAGUCUCUCCUCACCUUUAUGCUAUUGCUGACAACUCAUACCGUUCCCUUCGCAUUGAGAGGAAGGAUCAGUGUAUCCUGAUAUCUGGGGAGAGCGGAGCUGGAAAAACUGAAGCCACCAAGAAAAUCCUGCAGUACUAUGCAGUGACAUGUCCAGCCAGUGACCAAGUUGAAACAGUGAAAGAUCGCCUCCUACAGUCCAAUCCGGUCUUAGAGGCAUUUGGAAAUGCAAAAACCCUUCGGAAUGAUAACUCCAGCCGAUUUGGGAAAUACAUGGAUGUGCAGUUUGAUUACAAGGGGGCACCUGUGGGGGGUCACAUCCUGAACUACCUACUGGAGAAAUCUCGGGUUGUCCAUCAGAAUCAUGGAGAGAGGAACUUUCACAUCUUCUACCAGCUGUUAGAGGGAGGGGAAGAUGACCUACUGCGGCGUCUGGGCCUUGAGAAGAACCCCCAACAGUACCAUUAUCUAGUGAAGGGUCAGUGUGCAAGGGUCAGUUCCAUCAGUGAUAAAAACGACUGGAAGGUUGUGCGAAGGGCCCUGUCAGUCAUUAACUUCAACGACAAUGAGGUAGAGGAUUUGCUGAGCAUUGUAGCUAGUGUGUUGCACCUGGGGAAUGUGCAGUUUGCUGCCGAUGAACAGGGCAAUGCUCAGGUGACCACAGAGAACCAGAUUAAAUAUCUGGCCAGGCUCCUGGGGGUUGAGGGCUCUGUGCUCCGGGAAGCACUGAUCCACAAGACGAUCAUAGCAAAAGGGGAAGAGUUGGUCAGUCCUCUGAAUCUGGAGCAGGCAGCCUAUGCACGGGAUGCUCUAGCCAAGGCAGUAUAUGGGCGCACCUUCUCCUGGCUAGUGAAUAAGAUUAACAAGUCUCUUGCCUACAAGGAGGCAGAAUGCCCAGGCUGGAGGAGUGCAACAGUUCUAGGGCUGCUUGACAUUUAUGGAUUUGAGGUUUUCCAGCACAAUAGCUUUGAGCAGUUUUGUAUUAAUUAUUGUAAUGAAAAACUGCAGCAGCUUUUCAUAGAACUCACACUAAAAUCAGAACAAGAGGAGUAUGAGUCAGAAGGCAUAGCGUGGGAACCUGUCCAGUAUUUCAAUAACAAAAUCAUUUGUGAUCUGGUGGAAGAGAAAUUCAAAGGCAUAAUUUCUAUUUUGGAUGAGGAGUGUCUGAGACCUGGGGAUGCCACAGACAUGACAUUUUUGGAGAAGCUGGAGGAAACGGUGAAGAAUCAUCCUCAUUUUCUCACACAUAAGCUGGCUGACCAGAAGACUCGGAAGUCUCUAGGGCGAGAAGAGUUCCGUCUCUUGCACUAUGCUGGCGAGGUCACCUACAGUGUCACAGGUUUUCUGGAUAAAAAUAAUGACCUUCUAUUUCGGAACCUGAAGGAGACCAUGUGCAACUCGGAGAAUCCCAUCAUAAAUCAUUGUUUUGAGAGGACUGAGUUGACGGAUAAAAAGAGACCUGAAACGGCAGCAACUCAGUUUAAGAACAGUCUGUCCAAACUAAUGGAAAUUCUGAUGUCCAAGGAGCCAUCAUACAUUCGCUGCAUUAAACCUAAUGAUGCUAAACAAGCUGGUCGGUUUGAUGAAGUUCUAAUCCGACAUCAAGUGAAGUACUUAGGACUGAUGGAGAACCUGAGAGUGCGCAGAGCUGGUUUUGCUUAUCGCCGGAAAUAUGAAAUAUUCCUGCAGAGGUACAAAUCACUCUGUUCAGAAACGUGGCCCACGUGGGAAGGGAGGCCCCAUGAUGGAGUGGCUGUGCUUGUGAAACAUCUAGGCUACAAACAGGAAGAGUAUAAGAUGGGCCGAACAAAGAUUUUUAUUCGUUUUCCCAAGACUUUGUUUGCAACAGAAGAUGCUUUGGAGAUACGGAAGCAGAGUCUGGCCACAAAAAUCCAGGCCACAUGGAGAGGCUUCUAUUGGCGACAGAAAUUCCUGCACAUGAAACAUUCAGCAAUAACUAUCCAGUCAUGGUGGCGUGGAACCCAGGGGCGCCGAAAAGCCACCAAGAAAAAGUGGGCAGUGGAGACAAUUAGACGGUUUAUUAAAGGUUUUAUUUACCGGAACUACCCUCGCUGCUCAGAGAAUGAAUACUUCCUAGAUUACAUUCGCUACUCCUUCUUGAUGAACCUCAAACGCAAUUUACCAAAGAAUGUUUUGGACAAAUCAUGGCCAACUCCCCCUCCAUCACUCUGCGAGGUAUCUCAGCUCUUGAGACAGCUGUGUAUGCAUAACAUGGUGUGGAGCUACUGCAAGAGAAUCAGCCCAGAAUGGAAACAGCAGUUAGAUCAGAAAGUGGUUGCAAGUGAGAUGUUUAAGGGUAAAAAAGACAAUUAUCCUCAGAGUGUUCCCAGACUCUUCAUCAACACUCGACUUGGCACCGAAGAGAUAAACCCUAAAGUCCUUCAGGUUUUAGAAAAUGAAACAAUCAAGUAUGCAGUUCCUGUGGUUAAGUAUGACCGGAAAGGAUACAAGGCAAGAGUGCGGCAGCUACUUCUCACUCAGAAUGCCAUCUUCAUAGUUGAAGAAGCCAAAAUCAAACAACGAAUUGAUUAUGCCAAUCUGACAGGAAUCUCAGUCAGCAGCUUGAGUGACAGUUUGUUUGUGCUCCAUGUGAGCUGUGAGGAUAACAAACAGAAGGGAGAUGUUAUUCUACAAAGUGAUCAUGUCAUUGAGACACUAACCAAAACUGCCAUGAGUGCCGACAAAAUCAAUAAUGUCAACAUCAGUCAAGGCAGCAUAAAAUUUACAAUUGGGCAAGGCAAAGAAGGAAUAAUUGACUUUACUUCAGGAUCUGAACUGCUCAUAGCCAAAGCCAAAAAUGGCCACCUUGCUGUGGUUGCUCCUCGUUUGAAUUCUCGAUGAUAAAAUUUGUCAGCAGGAAAGGAUCUGUUCCUCCAAUCUGGAUUGCCUUUUAUUCCAGUGGUUGGACGUACUUCCCUGCAGUUUUUUUGUUGUUAUUUUUUGCUGCUUGCUCAUUUCCUUAGUAGUUACCAAAGAACUGCACUUCCAUAAAACAAAGUGAAAACAAGAGAAUGUAAUCUGAA